AUGUCAUGCCAUUGCAGUGUUACUAUCCUUUUCCUCUCAAUAAUAAUCGUUGCAAAUGUUAUCGCCUUUUCAAUAACGGGCCCUGUUCGAUCCCUUCCACGAGGAGAUCGACGAUUCGUCCUCGUUCUCUCAUCGUCGCCAUCUGGUGGGAACGACGACGGCGAAGUUCCCAACAUGGAUUGGUUGACGGAUACUUUGAGUACGACAACACAAGGGGACGGAGGCUCUUCUGCCCCGAAAGAAGAAGGAGAUAUAGAAAGGCUGUACAUUGAAGAUCACGAUCCAGAUGUCAUCAUGGGAGGAGCCGAUGCCCCAAUUCCGACGUCCGGGGUUUCCAUUUCGGACGAAAUGAUGAAGACGCAACGAGAAGGAUUUGCUUCCGUGAUAGUGAAGAUUCGAGGCUUGGAACCCGGUAUCCAAGCAGCACAGAUUGUGACUACUACAACCAUGAGCAAGAGCAUUGAACCAGUGAGAUAUUUGAUUGGACUUUCUAAGCAAGCUGUUGAAAAGAAUUCGACAACUGGGGAGUGGAAUCUUGUAGAAGAUGACAACGACGGCAUUACAAAAGACUUUGCAAUGGUGGAUAUUCCUCCUUAUUCACCGCAGUUGGAACAAGAAAUGAAGACUUUUAUGGGAGUCAACGGGAAGCUUGCGGCGAUACUUAUUACGAGUAAGGAUUGCAUUCACUACGACGAGGCGCCCGGUGUCUACUCGGUUCGUAAAUCUGACUUGCAUCAGUGGACAAAGAUCUUUCCAGAUACCCCAAUCGUUGCUUAUCGUAUGGAUAUUGCAAGGGAUUGUAGAGAGUUUGUUACUCAGAGAUUGGAUGGAUAUGGACCCUUUGCAUUUGAUGAAACGGAAAGUGGUGAAGAUGCCGAUGAUGAAUGCCAAGGCAUGGCUCCCUUUAUCGAGACUGGAGAGCCAUUGACCUAUGAUGAGUGGGACUUUGAUGUUGCCCAAGAUAUUUUCGCGGGCAAAAUAUCACCUCCUGAGGACAGUAUGAACGUCACCAAAGCUGCAGAUGAUGAAGACGACUUGUAUUCACCAGAAGCCAUUCGGUCUCGUGAAGAGGGCAAGCGAAUUCUUGCAGUGUACACUCCUGGACGGACGUAUGGAAGUGUCAGUUAUGUCUUUCCAGAAGUCCAAUUAGUUGCAUCGGGAUUCACGAUCCCUGUCGAAGAUACUCGUCUUGGGGAAGAAGGAAAUGGAAUUGGUGGAGUGGACUCACCAGGCCCUAGUCUCGACGUCACUGGCUAUAUUACCACCAGCAAAGCAGGUAUCACAAGACAGAUGGAGUCGGCUAGAAAUCUCAUUGAAUCUUACGCCGACCGAUUUGAAGUCAUCCUGCCGUCGCAAAUGGAUCCAUUGUUUGUGGACAGGAUCUCAGUGGAAGAGAGGAAAAAGGAAUUGCUGGAAGUCAUUGAUCAAUAUGAAAAGAUUGGGCAAGUAUACGAGGAGCUAGGCAUCACGUCAUUCGGGGGAUAG